CUACUCCUCUCCCACAGGGAGAAAACCCCGCCACCGGUUGAAUGGUUGUCAGUGGUGGCUGAGGUGAUGUGUAGCGGAGGCCUCGCUUGUGCUCACGGGAGUAGCGGUGGUGUGGGGUCGUGUCUCAGCCCGCGAGGGGGGGAGAGUGCUGACGUUAUGCUGUGAUGAGGGCGCGAGUUUGGGGAUUGUGCUGCUAGGAAAUGAUACCUAACCAUAUGAGUGAUGCGAGGAUAGUGAUUGUGGGUUCAGGAUAGUGAUUGUGUGCGUUGUGGAGAACGGUAGAGAGUGUGACAAUUGUUCUGUGAGCUUUGGAGAAGUGACUCCCAUCCUGUGAGCAGCGGUGGACAAGUGCCGUGCACCCUGUGAGCAGCGCUGGACAAGUGCCGUGCACCCUGUGAGCAGCGCUGGACAAGUGCCGUGCACCCUGUGAGCAGCGCUGGACAAGUGCCGUGCACCCCUGUGAGCAGCGCUGGACAAGUGCCGUGCACCCUGUGAGCAGCGCUGGACAAGUGCCGUGCACCCCUGUGAGCAGCGCUGGACAAGUGCCGUGCACCCCUGUGAGCAGCGGUGGCCAAGUGCCGUGCACCCUGUGAGCAGCGGUGGACAAGUGCCGUGCACCCUGUGAGCAGCGCUGGACAAGUGCCGUGCACCCUGUGAGCAGCGCUGGACAAGUGCCGUGCACCCCUGUGAGCAGCGGUGGACAAGUGCCGUGCACCCUGUGAGCAGCGCUGGACAAGUGCCGUGCACCCUGUGAGCAGCGGUGGACAAGUGCCGUGAACCCCUGUGAGCAGCGGUGGACAAGUGCCGUGAACCCCUGUGAGCAGCGGUGGACAAGUGCCGUGCACCCCUGUGAGCAGCGGUGGACAAGUGCCGUGCACCCCUGUGAGCAGCGGUGGACAAGUGCCGUGCACCCUGUGAGCAGCGGUGGACAAGUGCCGUGCACCCUGUGAGCAGCGGUGGACAAGUGCCGUGCACCCUGUGAGCAGCGGUGGACAAGUGCCGUGCACCCUGUGAGCAGCGGUGGCCAAGUGCCGUGCACCCUGUGAGCAGCGCUGGACAAGUGCCGUGCACCCCUGUGAGCAGCGGUGGACAAGUGCCGUGCACCCUGUGAGCAGCGGUGGACAAAUGCCGUGCACCCCUGUGAGCAGCGCUGGACAAGUGCCGUGCACCCUGUGAGCAGCGGUGGACAAGUGCCGUGAACCCCUGUGAGCGAGUCAGAAGUGUAAUGAGCUGUGGUGGUGAUGUUAGCCGUGUGUGCGCACCGCCAGCCCGGCACCAGUGGUGGUAGUGACACCAGCACCAGUGGUGGUAGUGCCACCAGCACCAGUGGUGGUAGUGAUGGUGGUAGAGAGAACAGCUUCACAACGCUCCGCUCAACCACUGGUUUAGAACGCGUCCUAGAGGAGCUGAUGGGUGAGUCAGCCUGGCUAAAGGUGCGGUCAGACCUCUAUCCGGAUCCUGCAAGCCCCUCUAAUGUCCUGGUGCCGUCUGAACGCGACCAUCCUCAGGACUGGGACCCCGUCGCUUCCUGCUUUGUCUGCCAGGGCGUCGAACGCACCUCUUCCCUGGCGGAAGCUUCCACUGAGUCCGACACUGCCAAGACUGGGCCGCAAGACUCCCCCAGGAGAAGAUCGGCGUCCCCCGCCAUGCUGGAGGACCUCACGCCCAGCACCCAUCACCACGAUGCUACAGAGGAGGUGACGGAAGCCACCCUAGACCUGUCUACCCCUCGUUCUCCGUCCGCCCCCACCUCGUCGUCCAUCUCUGGGGGUUUCAUCGCUCGGCCCUACCUCGGGGGUGUGGGACGGGGCAUCGGGUCCCUGGGUGUCUUGGGGGGUGAUGUGGGGCCCCGGCUGCCCCUGGACCUCUAUACGGCCAAUCUUCCCCCACAUCUUCUUCCCUGGAUUCUGUCCUCCCAUCUCCAUCAACUCGCCAGAGUCCAUCAGGCGCAACAGGAGCAGUCUGAGAUGAGUCUGGAAGAUAAGGAGCAGCAGCCUUUGGAUCUUAGUGCCAAGUCUCACCUGUCAAGUAUCAAGCCUGAAUUAGGCACCCUCGCUCACACCACUACCGCCAACAGCCCGCUCUUCCAUUAUGACACUGUCAAGCCCCUCACCCCAGUCGAUGCCAAAAUUACGUCAACCAGAGGUCGGAGGCGAGGAGACAUGAGCAAAAGGUCGUACACAGAGGAGGAAUUACAAGCAGCACUGAGGGACAUCCAGAGUGGAAAGUUGGGGACAAGAAGGGCGGCUGUUAUCUACGGUAUCCCCCGUUCCACGCUCAGGAAUAAGGUUUACAAAUUAGCAAUGGAACGUGAGCGGAAUAAAAAACUGGCAGAACAGACUAAUUCCACUCUGCUGUCGGACACCAAGCCGUUCGCAGAGUGCCACAAUGGCGUGAGUGAAAGUGGGGGCAGCCUUGACAAUGAAAUAAGCACAUCGUCAGAGUGCUUUAGAACGUUACUUAAGAACAAGAUGGCGGAGAAACUGGAAGAAAUGAGUCGGAAAGGCCUUGGCAGCAGUGACAACAAGAGAGUAGUUGAGUCGGCCCUUAAGUACUUGUUGGAGAACAUUCCUAAACUUGCCCUUAACAAAGACAACAAAGAAGUGUCAACAGAUAUUUUUAGUAGCAUUUCUUUUUAUCCUCAGUUAAGUGACUUUAUAAAGAAGGUAGUUGAAGAACGGUACAACGAAGAACUACAAAGAAGUAAGUCCAGAUUAAAUGGCUCGGUCGACAUUCACGCUGCAAAUGGCUUGAAGGGUGACAAUUGCGAUCUCACUGUACCGUCCUACUCCCCCGCGUGUAAUGGCCUUGUUAAGGGAGACUCUGAGCCCACAGCCUCAGACUCCAACCAUUCUAGUCAGCCACUGAUCUCUCUACCCAGUCCAAACCUAAAAGAGAUGAUUGCUCAAAUGAUUGGGCAAAAACUGGGAUGCGAGCUGCCACUUGGUAAGGAUACGGCAAGCGGAAAGUUACAACAGUCCUCCUUGUCUUACUCUUCGACUGGGGACGCGCAUAGUAAGCUUAAUGGUGAGAAACGGGACCCGACCAAGAAAGGCUCCGCCACAUCUUCACCAUCAGGGGGUAAGGGUUCAAGACCCAAACGAGGAAAGUACAGAAAUUAUGACCGGGAUAAUCUCCUGAAGGCGGUGCAGGCCGUGCAGAGCGGUGAGAUGAGUGUCCAUCGAGCUGGGAGCUUCUAUGGGGUUCCUCACUCGACUCUCGAAUACAAAGUCAAAGAAAGGCACCUCACCCGUGGGAAGAAUAAAAAGGAGACCAUUUCAUCCUCUGGCUGCUCCUCCCCACUCGAUAAAAUCAAGAAAGAAAAUCCUGUAAACUCUUCAGAUGCUCUAAGAAGUCCAGGAGACACUUCGAAGUCCUCGACUGAUAUAGUCAGGAACCAAGCAGACACGACCUCAACUAUAGACCUAACAGGAGAUGAAAGUUCCAAAAGUGAAGAGAACGUGACAGUUCGACCUGUUAUGAAAAGGCCUCGAGUUGACUUAGAAACGGCAGCCUUUCCAAAUUACCCGCCCCUUUCAUCCACUCCCCUUUCCUCUACUUCGGUUACUCCAUCUCCCUUAUCAUCUGCUCCAAUUCUAGCUAAUCCAUUCAGUCUAUGGAAUGGAGCCUCCAUGGUUUCUCCCUUCCUCUCUAGCUACCAACAAGAUCCCUUUUAUGCAUCUCAGAUGAUUCGGCGGUUCCAAGAGGCAGCUGUUAAGAACCACGGGAGUGUUAGUUCUCUUUCUCCACGCAGUAAUGAGCCUUGCACAUCACCAGGGCCCAUCUCCCAGGCCCAGGAGCCCUCAGUCACUCCCCCCUACCAAGGCAGUGUUUUAGAUGCUCUUCUUAGGGGGAAAACAAGCAGUAGUAUUACCAAGACGGGAAACAGUAACAGCAAUAGUCCCCUCCCAAAUAGUGACGCAUCGUGGCAAGUCUCCUCCAGCCUUCUGAGUCUGACUAAAGGCUUGGUGAUGGAGCAGCAGAACCAACAGAGAGUGGAAGAUACCUCCACACCCCCACUGAUUCAACCUCAGGGCUUCAUGGCCUUCAAUACCCUCUACUCCUUUCCUGCCCUGGCAGCUCGGAGCACCUUAGCUGCAGCCCUCCAGAAACGUCCUUCUCCAAAGAUCUUACAUAGGGAUACUAUAAGCCCAGAAGUUGACAUCCUUCCACUGCCGUUAGUAAAGGACUCUCACCACAGCAGAGCUGUUGCUACAGAUCAGCCGUGAGCCUCAAGUUUCCAGUAGCAUCCAGGACUCACAUAUAUGACAUAGCAAUUUAGAAUAGUUCAAUUAAUACUAUUUUACUCGAUUUUGGUGAUUAGAAAUGGAAGUACGUGAUGAGAAUCAUUGUAAAUUCAGCUGUGUCAGCUAAUUUCACCAUUUCUAUAUAUUUUCUGAUUUUUCAUAUAGUUAUUUUUCUCACGUGUGCUGAACUUGUCGAUGUUGGUUAUUUCAUUUGCAAAUAACCGACCUUAUCUUAUUCAUAAUGAAUAUAAGUAAAUAUUUUAUUAGUUUAUUUGUUUAAAAACAUGAAAGAGCCAUUGACGCUUGUAAUGUUAUUCAUGGUGAAUCAUGCUUAAUUUUAUAUUUUGCAAAUAUUUUAAAAGACAAUCUGCUUAUAUAUCAAUUAUCCCAGAAAUCUACAACAAUUAUGUGGAGUUUUAGAUGGAAACUGGAGUAGUUGAAUGCGUGCCAGAAUGUGUCGAAUCAGCCCGGGUGUGUCGAAUCAGCCCGGGUGUGUCGAAUCAGCCCGGGUGUGUCGAAUCAGCCCGGGUGUGUCGAGUCAGCCCGGGUGUGUCGAAUCAGCCCGGGUGUGGCGAAUCAGCCCAGGUGUGUAUCUCAGAAAAUGCAGAAUAAAUUCCCUCAGAAGAUGUACAGGUAUAGACAAUAAAGCUCUUCAGGGCUCUUAAGCAAGAUGUUAUUUAUGGAAAUAAUAUGAAAAUCGUCCUAAAAUUUGACUUAACAUAAGUAUUCUACUUUUCUUGCAUAAUUCCUAUUACAACAUUUAUAAAUUACAGAGUCAAUUAGCUAAUAGUAGUAUUUUAUUAUGUGUUGUCGAUCAUAUAUUAUUAUAGUCUAUAUUUAAUAUUUUUCUCAAAUAUUAAAAGUAAUCCAAGAGGCCAAAGCACACUAAAUGUAUUCAAAGAAUUGCUAUCUCAUUCCAUUACUGCUUUUGGUUUAUUGUAUAUAAAGAAAUUUCAUCAAAAUUGUAAAUUACACAUAGCAUGUUAAUGAAUGGUUCAGUUAUAUAUAUAUGUAUAUAUAUGACAGUGUCAGACCACG